UGAUUCCACUGCGCUCUUGCCUGCAUCUGCUGCACCCGCCGUUGCUGCUGUCGUCAUGCAGUCGACGCUCUCGCCGAACAGCUCGCCGUUCGUCCCGGGCUCUGUCGCUCCCGCUGCGUCCUCCGGCAGUGCCGAGCCUUCUGCCUCGUCGUCCAGGCGACGCCGACAUCGAUCCAACCCAAAACCCUCAUCCUCGAAUCCCCCCCGUCAAGAGAGCGCACCCGCACCCGCACCCGCACCCGCACUCGCACCCGCAUCCGAGUCUCCGCAGCAAGGCCAUAUCGCCGUUGAUACCUCUGUGAGCGGCACUCGCUCCAAGCCGCGGGCGUUCCCUCGUCCAGGCGAUGCCCCUUCAUCGACCCCUUCCAAGCAAAGCCGGCGAUCGCGGCCUUCAAACCCGUCUCGAGCGGAGCCCCCGUCAUCGUCGCAGGGUAUCUCAGCAUCCCAACCAGCUUCAUCGGCCUCGGCCUCAGCCUCAGCCUCGGCCCCGAGCACCCCUGUCUCGGAAGGAUCCCGAAAACCGCAAUCGCGUGGAAAGGGAAAGGGCCGACCGGCUGCUCCUGGUACUCCUCAGCGAGACCACCAACAUCACCACCAUCCACACCACCAUCCUCAUCCCCAUCAGCAUCAGCAUCAGCCGCAGCCACAAGUGGCCGCGGCCCGCUCUUCCAUGCUUGCUUCACGAAGCACCUUCCAUGGGCCAGAUGCGGUCUCGUCGACCAGCGACCCAGAGACCUUGGCCAACGCAUCCGCCCGGUCGAGUGGCCCACGGCGAAAGAUCCACCACAACCUCGGCGAUAUCGUCGAUGAGGAUGACCAGCUCGGCAGCUUGGCCAGAGGACUGACCAACGGCGACUACGAGUGCAUGAUCUGCUACGAGAACGUCCGACCGAGGGACGCAGUGUGGUCUUGCAGCACCUGCAGCCACGUCUUCCAUCUGAAAUGUAUCGGAAAAUGGAGCCGUUCCUCGGCCAGCAACGAGGCGGCCCAACAGCCCGCUCCAUCGUCGUCGUCAUCGGCGUCCAAUCCAGGCUGGCGGUGUCCCGGCUGCCAGUCUGUCGUUGCCGAGGUUCCCUCCGAGUAUCGGUGCUUCUGUGGCAAGAUCGAGGAUCCGCCCUUCAAUCGAUUUAUCACACCGCAUUCAUGCGGACAGACAUGCUCCCGCGAGCGAGGAUGUCCGCACAAGUGCACUCUCCCGUGCCAUCCUGGCCCAUGCAAACCGUGCGAACUCAUGGCGCCACCCGUGUCCUGCUACUGCGGACGCAGCUCCUUUGUGGUUCGAUGCACCGAAAUCUUGAACAUGACAUUUGAGAAGAGCUGUGGCGAGGUCUGUGGCAAGGAGCUGAAUUGUGGCCUACAUACCUGCGAAUGGAAGUGCCACCAGGGCCAGUGUCCCCCCUGCACCGUCAAUAUCGACCACCCGUGUCUGUGCGGCCGAUCGACCAAGCAGCUCAAAUGCGGAACGCCGUGCGUGUCUUGGAGCUGCGACACCAAGUGCGAUCACGAGUAUCCAUGCGGGAUUCACACCUGCCCUCGCCCUUGUCAUGGCGGCGGACAUUCCUCCGUUUGCCCGCUCGAUCCGUCGGUGCUGUUCAGGUGCCCGUGCGGGUCGGAAACGGUCGAGGCGAUCUGCAAGCGAACCGGAGUCGUCCGCACCAGCUGUGCCGACCCCGUCGUAACCUGCGAUAACACAUGUGGCAAGGUCUUGCCGUGCGGGCACCGUUGUCGGUUCCGAUGCCACGCUGGCGAGUGUGAGCCCUGUGGUCAGAGCGUGUCGUUGCCAUGCCGUUGCGGCCGGACCGAGUUCGUGAUUGAGUGCAAUACUCUGAAGAAGCUGCCAAACGGCGACAUUGAGCUCCCGGUCUGUAGCCGUGUCUGCACGGCAAAGAAGCACUGCAAGCGACAUCAGUGCGGGUCACGGUGCUGUCCACUCGAACAUCAUAUCUGUGAAGAGGUCUGCGGCAAGACCCUCAAGUGCGGACUCCACCAGUGCACCUUUACCUGUGGACACAACGGCCGCUGCCACGACUGCUUCGAAGGCGUCUCGUUUGAUGAGCUAUCAUGCCACUGCGGACGCACGGUCGUCUUCCCGCCGAUACCGUGCAACACUCCUCCUCCAAAAUGCUCGCAUCCUUGCAUCCGUCCGCUUCCCUGCGGCCAUCCGACCAUGAGCCGACACAACUGCCACCCCGAUACGGAGACUUGUCCGCCGUGCGUCCUGUUUGUGGAGCGAGACUGCGCCUGCGGAAAGAAGAAAAUGAACAACGUCCGAUGCUCCAGUAAAGUGGUGCCGUCGUGUGGCCAGGUAUGCGGCAAGGUGAUUUCGCCCUGCGGUCAUACGUGCCGGCGCUUCUGCCACAGCGGCGCGUGCGUCGACGGCGAAGCCUUCAAGUGUCUCGACAAGUGCGGCAAGAUCCGCCCGUCGUGUGGGCACAGAUGCGGAUUCAACUGCCAUGGCUCUAAGGAGUGUCUCGAGGACCGACCUUGUCUGUUCAAGAUUGCACAGUCGUGCAAGUGCGGCAACCGGAUUUCCCAGGUUGUGUGCGGGGGCAGCAAGCACACUCUCGGCCAGGCGCCACAAACGCUGCUCUGCGACGAUUCAUGUGCGCUGCUGGAGCGCAACCGUCGCCUGGCGGCGGCCCUGGAGAUCACGCCCACCUCGCGGAUCACGAUCGAAGGACACGACACCGGUACCGAGUUUACGGAGACGCUGCUCAAGUUUGCCAAGGGCAACAUGACGUGGGUCAAGGGCAUCGAGUCGCAGCUCGAGGCCUUUGUCCGCGACGAAUCCAAACGCAUGCUGCACUUUCCUCACGGCAAACGCACGGCCAUGAACUUUCUCUACGAGCUGGCGUCAUUCUACUCCCUGUCGCCCGAGAUUGUCGAUGCGGAGCGCGGAGUCGGCUCGGUGAUUGUCCGCAAGCAGGCCAACCGCAUGCCGGCGGUCCCAGCCCCGCUGCUCUCGACGGCGGCGGUGAGCUACCGACCUGGUACUGUUGGCGCCCAAGCAGCGGCGGCGUCGACGAAUGCGCUGAAGCCGUUGGAGGUCGUGAACACCCGACAGGUCAGCAUGAACGCGCUGUACCUCGAAGGGCUGCAGUUUGGCAUGGACUCGCGCGACGUCAAGAUCCUGCUGGAGCCCAUAUUUGGGUCCGACAUUGUGCUGUCGAUCAAGUGGAUCUCGGACGACGACUGCGUUCUGAUGCUGGGGUCGCAGACGACGCGGCUGACCUCCGAGGCGGUGGAAGAGAUCCUCAUCGAUCGACUCGUCGCCGUCAAGCAAAAGUUUGUCGAGAACAACUGGGUGCGCGACGUCAAGUGCUGUUGGGUCACGCUUGAAGGCGAGAUCCGGCUCGGCGGGCUCCACGGCGACGAGGCUCUGAAUGAUCCCAGGACGGCUCAGCACACCGGCAGCUCGGAGUUGCCGGGCGUCGCGCUGUACAAGCAGAUGCAAGGUCGGCACAAGAAAACGGUGAGCGACAAUCCGUUCAAUCUGCUCGAGAUGGAACAAAGCCUGGACCUCGCAGCUCCUGCCAUGGCGGCGGUGGAUCCGUUUGCGGAUCUGGAUCCGCAACAGGCGGGUGUGUCCAGCGGAGCCGAAGCCCAAGCCUCGAGCCGCCAAGGUUCCUCGGAAAGCGAGACCGAGUCCGGGGCGAUGAGCGACGGCGGUGCAUCCUCCAAGAAGGCCAGGUCGUUUACAGACGCCGACCUGGACAGCCACAACGACGGACGUGAUGACGACGAUGAGCGGGUCGAUGACGAGUUCAGCGAUGAGGAGUGGAAUACUUUGGUUGUAUAGAGACGCGGUGGCCGAUGCAGAAACCACCCAUGUUGUUUGGCCUGCCACCCCUGCAGCAACACGUGAAGAAAUUGCAGACCUCGUCCAAGAAUGCGCUGGAGUAUUUUGAACUUGCAGCCAGCUCCAUUCUUGGUGAUGCUGUGGUGCGACGCU